AUGACGGCCGUCUCGUUCAACACAGCGGAGUUAUCUCAGCUGCGUGGGAAGACGAUCCUCUUGACGGGCUGCUCUUCAGGAAUCGGCCGUGCCACGGCCAUGACUGCGUACAAAAAUGGAGCGAACCUCAUUCUAGCAGAUUGGAACGAGAAAGAGCUGAAUGGCCUCGUGGAGGAGUUACAAGGUCACGGCAGGCAACAAGGGCGGUUGGCGUUUCGCAAAACCAACGUCGCUGACUGGAAUGACAUGGUCGAGGUCUUUGAUCAUGGCUUCAAGACGUUUGGAGUCAUUGACGCAGUCAUCUCCAAUGCAGGAGUAAACUGGGGAGAAAGCCUUCUGGAGCACAACGUUGACCCCGUCACUGAUAAGCUCAAGCCACCCUCUCUCGAGGGAUUGCAGAUCAAUAUCAUCGGACACAUUUACGCGGUCAACUGCGCCACCUAUUACUUCGCCAAACGCCAGAACAGUCAGUGCCAAAUCAUCAUCACGUCUUCGGCGGCGGCGUUUCUGGACUCUCCUCCUCUGCACCUGUAUUCAGCAGCCAAAGCAGGAUUGGUCGGUAUGAUGCGAUCUCUGAGGCACGACCUACCCAAGCAGGGCAUUACGAUCAACGUCGUGGCGCCAUGGAUGACCAUGACUCCAAUGGCCCCGGACUUGCUCAAGAAGGUUUGGGAAUCCUUGCCCUGCAACAGUCCCGAAGGUGUUGGCCACGCCUUGCUGUUUCCGAUCCUCCGACCAGAGGUGCAUGGCAAAUGCUUCUUCGUUGCGGGAAACGAAAUCAUCGAGAUUGAGGAUGCGCUGGAGACAAGUCGGCCGUCAUGGAUGGGCAAAGAAUUGUCCGCUUCAAUUGACGAAGGGCAGAAACGUGUAUUGGGCGCAAGGCCCUUUGGUUGA